AUGGCAAGGCCACACCAUGGAGAUGCUGCUACUCUGCCAAGCUUCUUAGUCACCUUCAUCUUCCUGCAGCUCCUGCCUGCUGGGAACGGAAAAUCAGAUUUUCGUGUCCUUGGACCUCCUGACCCACUUCUGGCCAUAUUUGGGCAAGACAAAGAGUUGCUGUGCAAAUUGUCACCCAACAUCAGUGCUGAGGGCAUGGAGCUGAGGUGGUACAGGGACCAGCCCUCAACAGCUGUGCACGUGCACAAGAACGGGGAGGAUGUGUAUGAAGAGCAGAUGGUGGAAUAUAGGGGAAGGACCACAUUUGUCGGCAACCACAUGGUCAGAGGAGAGGCCGCUGUGAGGAUAAACAAUGUCUCCAUGUUUGAUAACGGGACUCACCUCUGAGUCUUCAAGGAGCACACAUCCUACAGCCAGGCCACCCUGUGGUUGAAGGUGGCAGGGCUGGGCUCAUCACCCAGAAUCCAUGUGACUGACACCCAGGACAAAAGGAUCCGGGCAGAGUGCACCUCAACAGGCUGGUUCCCAGAGCCCAAGGUGGAGUGGCUGGACCUCAGAGGACAGCCAGUGCCCGCUGAGACUCACUUCUCAGCCACAGCCAGCACUGGCCUCUUGACUGUGGUAUCCAUUGUGACUACCAAGGACAGGGCUGUGGAGGGCCUGACUUGCUCUAUCACUAACCCCCUCCUCCCUGAGAAGAAAGUGGCUGAGACUUACCUGCCUGCCUCCCUGUUCAGAAUGCCUCUGUCCGCCGAGAGGGUACCAGUUCUACCUCUGAUCCUUGCGGCGCUGGGGCUUGUCACGGCAGCAAUCGCCUGUGCUUUCGGGAGAAGGCACAAAGAGGAUAAAAGUGAGGAGGAAGAAGAAGUGGACCCAAGAGCCAGUGCUGAGGUUGAGCCCUUCCAUGACAGCCUGUCCCUGGACCCUGAAACCUCCAGUCCCAAACUCGUGGUGUCUGAGAAUCAGAAAAGUGUGAAGCGGUUGCUAUUUGACCAGGACCUGUCUCCCAGUUCCAAAAGAUUUGACCAGGACCCCUGCAUUCUGGCCCAGGAGCAGUUUGAUGCAGGGAGACAUUACUGGGAAGUAGAAGUUGGGGACAGGAGGGCCUGGAUUCUGGGGGUGUGUCUGGAAAGUUUGGGACGGGAAGGUAGGAUCCCUAAGUCACCUCAGCAUGGCCUCUGGGCACUGGAGUUUUACAAGAAGAAACUCCAGGCCCUCUCCUACCCCAGGACUCACCUGUCUCUUCCACAACCCAUCUGUCGUGUGGGCAUCUUCUUAGAUUUUGAGGCAGGGAAAAUCUCCUUUCACAAUGCAGUCAAUGGCUUCCUUAUCUAUGUGUUCUCAGGGCUGUCUUUUUCUGGUCCCUUACAACCAUUCUUCUGCCUCUGGACCCAUGACCCCAGGCCCCUGACCAUCUGCUCAGUGGUCAGAGAGACUGAAGAAGUCACAGACUCCUCUGAAGGUCCUUGA